CAGGGAUUUAGUUAAUGAUGUUUGUCGAUUUAAUCGUGAAGAGGUAAAGCGAAAAAUUAAAGACUAAUUUCUCUAUUCUAGGCUCUCUUUCUAGUCUUUUCCCAUUAUUAUCGAUCCCUUUGUUAGGCAGUCUCAACCUGGUAAAUUUAUCAAAAGAUAUCAAUAUGUAUAGCGAGUCUUUUAUGUUUCAUGAGUUUAAGAGGAAACCAGGUUGUCUGAUUUACUUACUCUUCUUUCUUUCCUAAACCCACCACCUUCAUCUUUACCUAGCUGCUUCUGUAGCUUGCUUUUGUCUUCUCUCUCUCUCUUUUUCUCUUAUAGUUUUAUCAUUUUUUUUAUUCUUAACCUUAUAUUAAACCUUAUUCAAUAUCAUCAUCAGUUCAACUUUGAAGGUUUCCCUUUCUUUGUCUCAUUUUCAUUCUUCCGCUUCUAAAGCUCACAAAGUGAAAGUUUACUCCAUCUAAUGCAUCAUUUUGCUUUUCAUUCAAGUUCCUCUUACAUCAAGUUUACCAGUUUACUUGAGGCUGUCCAUUUUUUGGUAUUAUUUUGCAAUUAAUGUAACCACCAACACUCCGUGCUUCAACGUGUUUCAUCUCUUGUUUUAAGCUGCUCAUUUGGACAGGAAAACUAUUACACUUGUAUUUUAUUGCUGUUGUUUGAUAUCGUAAAACAUUUACAAUUUAGUUCCUUCUAAUGCUAGUUUUAUUUUUUUCUCUUCUUUGCUUGUGAUUAUAUUUGUACCUAUUAUGUGCUAUUUUUAAUCUCAACCACUGUGUUUUCCUUUCGUCAUCUUCAUCAUUUAUCUGGAUGUCAUCUUAUCAUCUUUUCUCUGUUUUUUACCUUCAAAUCAAUUCUGUUCUAGAUUAUUUACCUGAUCCUGCAAGUGAAUCAAAGUGAACUAAAAACAUAAAGUGAUAUAAAUAUCAAAAUACAUGUUGUUACUCAACUGUUAAGAGGAGAAAAUUGAGAAAACAGAAACAUGACAACAAAACGAUUUACAUUGAUGCCAAUCAUAACCCCAGUUAAUUGUUGAUUUCUAAUUUUUUUUAUCAAAAAAAUAUUUAUCAUUAACGUCGUCAUCUUAUUUGCCAAUUGCCUAUGAAAACUUCCUGUUGUGCAAAAAAAUCAAGUUUAAGAGUCAAUAAAAGUGAUAGAACGAGCCAUUUGUUCUUCAAUCUGUAGAGUAAUAAUCAACAUCACCUUUCAAUGUUCAUCUUUGCAUCAGCUGUGUCAAUUGCAAUUUCAAUCAGUUCGUGAUAAAUUAAACAUCACUCAGGAUUGAUAUUUGUUUCAAUAUUUACUCAACCAGCCACUUUGAUAAAAUUGUUUGAUUCUAAUUGUCGUGUCAUAAUAUAAGAUUGUCAAUCUUCAAAACAUUGCUUCUUCCAGUUACUUUUUUUACAACGACAAGAAAUUAAAAUGCCAAUCUACAAAAGACGUGAUACAGAUGACACAGAUGAUCCCCUGAUAACGCAAAAAACACGACGAUUUUCCCUUGGAUCAAAGAUUAAAGCCAUAAAAAAUGCUAGACGAGGACAACGCUGUCGUAAAAUAUCACAAUACUCAGAAAACUUCACUUCAUGUGAUACAAAAUCACCCUUAACAUUACACAAAAGAUAUGGAAACACCUUCAACUGUGUGGAAGAACGAAUAUCAACUUGCCAUGGAAGCUUAUUGGUAGCUCGACAAGGAGCCAAACCUGGCCCGAAAACUCCAGUCAUACUAACUUAUCACGAUUUAGGACUCAAUUACAUUUCUAAUUAUGAAGGGUUCUUCUCUCUCAGUGAAAACUGUUCCCUUUUAGCAUCAUUCACUAUCUACCAUAUCAACGCUCCUGGUCAAGAGUCACACAAACUUGACCCAGACUACAAGUUUCCCUCAAUCGACAUUUUAGCAAAUCAGAUAAAAGAUGUUCUUGAUUAUUACAAGAUUAGAACGUUUAUUGGACUUGGAACCGGUGUUGGUGCCAACAUUUUAACUCGUUUUGCAUUAGCAAACCCAAAACCCGUUGAAGGAUUAAUUUUGAUAAAUGCAAAUUGUUCCCAAGCUUCAUGGAGAGAUUGGUUUUGGGCUAAGAGAAAUAUCAAAUCAUUAAUCAGUUCUUCCUCAUCUUCACCUCCCUCAUCCAUGGAUCUAAACUCGUCUUCAAAUUAUCUUCCAAAUAAUGUUACAGAUUAUCUACUUUGGCAUCAUUUUGGAACCAAUCUCAGGCAUCGUGAUUCACCAAAUCGAGACAUUAUUGACAUUUAUCGUUCCUAUUUUAAUGGAAUCACCGUUCAUCCCGCCAAUCUGGGUCUAUUUCUGGAAUCAUAUUUCAAACGAAGUCCCAUUCGACUCUCACGGAAUCCUCAUGCCUCCAAGACAAAACUAUCCUGUCAAGUGCUUCUCGUCACAGGAUCAGCUUCACCAUAUCUCGAUUCAACAAUAAUCAUGAAUUCAAGACUUGACCCAAAAUCAACGACAUGGCUGAAAAUUGAUGGAUCAGCCAUGGUGCUUGAGGAGAAGCCACACAAAGUAUCUCAAGCCUUGCAUCUUUUCCUUCAAGGGUUAGGCUAUCCUUUGAAAGAGAUGGUUCUUAAACGCGCUCGACUUUCAGGUUUAAGCUUACCAAGUAUAACCAUGGGCACUUCAUUGCUAUCAAUUCCUUCCAUACCAUCAGUACCAUCAACACCAGUUUCACCCAUUAGUGCUCAACAAGUGUUUUUUGCUUGAAAAUAUGACAUAUUGCUAUUGGUAACUCCAAUGACACGAUCAAUAUGAUUAUGAUACAUACUAGCCCUUUAUUUUACACUCACGACGAUAUCAAAAAACAUGCCAAAGCAUAAACUUUCCUUUUUUUCCCAUGUAGAUCAAUUUCAAUCGCUUUAUUGACUUGAUUUCAAAAUUUAUUGUCAAUCUUUUACUCUUAUUGUAAUCACUUUUGCAAAUCAUAUGCUUAAUUCAACUUAUUGCUGGACAAGAGUAUUUUUACAUCAACCUUCUUCCUAACAUCCAUUAAUAACAAUAGCCAACAACUGCAAAUAGUUUCAAGCCAUUUCAAUUGUAAUGCAAGAACAAGAAAAUUAAUACAAAUUGUCUUUUUAUUGCGCCUAAUCUAAUCUUGCUAUUUCGCAGUGCCAAGAGACGCGAUUAAACUCAAUCAACUUAUCAUGAAA